AGCAUCCAGCUAAUGUGUUUCUACCGUUACAACUUAGUUCUACUGCAUCAUCUAAUCUUUUUUUAUUUUAUUUUGUCGGUUCUGCAUCAUCAUCUCCUUUUAUACGAGAGAAGGAAUCAUCUAUUCUACACUCGAAGAUUAAGCAAGCAAUGGCUAUUACUACACCUUCCAAUUCUUCAAUUCUCCUCUCCCUUUCUCUAUUGCUCAUCUCCCUCUCCCUCGCUGAGUCGCAAUCUUUCAUCGGAGUAAACUACGGCCAGGUCGCCGACAACCUUCCGGCGCCGGAGGACACGGCCAACCUCCUCAAAUCCACAACCAUCGGAAAAGUCCGUCUCUACGGUGCCGAUCCCGCCAUCAUCAAGGCCCUCGCCAAUUCCGGCAUCGGAAUCGUCAUCGGCGCCGCCAACGGCGACAUUCCGAGUCUCGCCGCCGAUCCCAACGCGGCCACUCAGUGGGUGAACGCGAACGUCUUGCCCUACUACCCGGCGAGCAACAUCACUCUCAUCACCGUCGGAAACGAGAUUUUGACCUUAGCCGACCAGGGUCUACUGUCUCAGCUCGUCCCGGCGAUGCGAAAUGUCCAAAAUGCCCUCGGCGCGGCCUCGCUCGGUGGCAAGAUCAGGGUCUCGACGGUGCACUCGAUGGCCGUGUUGACUCAGUCGGACCCGCCGUCGUCCGGGUUGUUCAACCCGGCGCUGCAAGACACGCUGAAACAGCUGCUGGCGCUUCUGAAGGACAACAAAUCGCCGUUCACGAUCAACCCGUACCCGUUCUUCGCUUACCAGAGCGACCCAAGAUCCGAGACGCUGGCGUUUUGCCUCUUCCAGCCCAACUCGGGCCGGGUCGACUCAGGCAACGGGAAGCUUUACACGAACAUGUUCGAUGCUCAGGUUGAUGCUGUACAUUCUGCUUUGAGUGCCAUGGGGUUCCAGGACGUGGAGAUUGUGGUUGCUGAGACUGGAUGGCCCUCACGUGGCGACAGUAACGAAGUGGGACCAAGUGUUGAAAAUGCAAAGGCCUAUAACGGGAACCUGAUUGCUCAUCUUAGAUCAUUGGUUGGGACACCUUUGAUGCCUGGGAAGUCUGUGGACACUUACAUUUUUGCACUCUAUGAUGAGGAUCUAAAACCAGGCCCAGGAUCUGAACGUGCAUUUGGUAUGUUCAAAACUGAUCGCACCGUGUUGUACGAUGUUGGAUUAACCAAGUCUAGCCAGCAGACUCCAACAACUCCGGUAACUCCAGCACCAAACACUGCUGGAUGGUGUGUAGCGAAAGCUGGAGUUUCUGAUGCUCAGUUGCAGGCCAACAUUGACUACGCCUGUAGCCAAGGUAUAGAUUGCGGGCCAAUUCAGCCAGGAGGCUCUUGUUUUGAGCCUAACACAAUAGCAUCCCAUGCUGCAUUUGCCAUGAAUCUCUACUAUCAAACUUCUGGCAAAAAUCAAUGGAACUGUGAUUUCUCUCAAUCAGCAACACUCACAUCCCAAAAUCCAAGUUACAAUGCUUGCAUUUACACUGGUGGGAGCACCUGAAAACAGAGGCUUCGGCUUGAUGUUAACUAAUAAGUUUUGUGGAUAGAGGUGUAUUUAGAAUUAAAUUAAUGAAUAAGGGCUUAUACUUUGCCCUCUUUUUAGUUAUAUAUAGGCUUUCGAUUUUAUAUAGCUUUAACUGUAGAGGCAUUCCGAUUCUCGUUGUGUGGCAAUCCACAUUUGUUUUCUUUUAUUUUA